UUUAAGUGGAUGCUGGUGGCCCGUUCUGUACUCUUUGCCAGCCAUGUGAAAAUUUGUUUUCUGUCAACCAGAAGGACAAUGGUAAUCCUAGUGUUGUAGCAUUGCGGUGGUAAAUUUGUUCGGUUCGCGUUGGUUUGAGUUAGAUUCUUGGCUCUUGAAGAAACCUUGCGAAAUGGAUUCAUAAUUCAGACAAGUUCACCUCUUUUUUUAAGACACAUUCCACCAGAAGCAAACAUCGCUUCGGGGGGGAAAAUUGAGACUAUAGUGUGAGUAUUGUGGCCUGUUUCGAGUAUGAAAACGUGAAAACUUCCUGGGGUGAAGGUGAGGAUUAUGAGGGUGGAGCAGGUGGAUUCGAAAAUUCUGUUUGCGUUCAAUGGGAUGACUGUUCAAGUGGAAUGAUCAUUAAAUUACUGUCACAAAGUCAAAUUAAAACAUUGCUGGAUUAUGCAAGAUAAUUAACAACUUUCUGUGUUCAGAAACGACAACUGGACGCGGAGCCCUGAAGUGAAAGUGUAGCAUUUUAAAGGACUGUAACAAGAUUGCGAUUGAUAACACACCAAGCAAUAAUACUCGAACUAGCGAGCAAAAAUCGGAAGAUGGUCCGAUUGUGAAAUUAGCAUUUCGCGAAGUGGUCCUCGAACGGACAACCCGAGAACAGGGCGGGAUGAAGAAGAGUGAUGACCGUCGGAUUUCACACCGCUGUCGCUUCAAAGCCACCAUUUCCGGAACAGACGGUUGCGGUUGCUCGAUAGUGCGGGGAACGUGAUGCGGGCUAUGGACCGCAAAAAAGUGCACAUCAGCGAACUUUGGUUUGUUUCUGUUGCUGCCAAUAGUUUGCACCUAGUGUAGUGUAUAAUAAUAGCAUAGAGUAGAGCCGUACUACUGCAAAUCAACAACAAAACAAAACAAAAAAAAAAAAAGAAUAACAAAUUUGCUGCCAGCUUGGGUUGCGCUUUCGCGAUGAUGGCUAAACACUUGAACACAAAGUUUAUCCUCAUGGCAAAUGGAUUAUAGUGGACGGUCAUUGGCGGCUAGAGUGCAAACACUGAACUCGCAAAAACUGAACCAGCAACGGCGCGACUGGUUUUCGUGUGCUGCCGAAGUGAAAAUGUGGCAACUGAUAGGGUUCACUCUACUAUACGCAGUGCAAUUGGGACUAGCUGUUAAGAGCGGACACUCGAAAUCGAUGGCAGCCGGUCGACUGGAAAACGUCACACAAACUAUUUCUAGGAUACUGGAAGGUUACGAUAUCCGGUUGCGGCCGAACUUUGGCGGCGAACCCUUAACAGUAGGAAUGGACCUAACAAUAGCUAGUUUUGAUGCAAUUUCAGAAGUUAAUAUGGAUUACACGAUAACAAUGUACCUAAAUCAGUACUGGAAAGACGAACGAUUAGCGUUCAACGCGUACUCGAUCUGGGGCGGCGUGGGUGGCACCGGCGGAGGCAAUCAGUACGAUCAGAACGGCGACAUCAUGAUUGAGGACGAUGGAGCGAACGACGUCAUCACGCUUUCCGGAGAUUUCGCCGAGAAGAUUUGGGUGCCGGAUACGUUCUUCGCCAACGAUAAGAACAGCUUCCUGCAUGACGUCACCGAGCGGAACAAGCUGGUGCGGCUGGCCGGCGACGGGGCCGUCACCUAUGGGAUGCGGUUCACCACGACGCUGGCCUGCAUGAUGGACCUGCACUACUAUCCGCUCGAUUCGCAAAACUGCACCGUGGAAAUCGAAAGCUAUGGUUACACCGUUUCGGAUGUGGUAAUGUACUGGCGCUCGACACCGAUUCGCGGUGUGGAGGAAGCAGAACUGCCACAGUUCACCAUAAUAGGUUACGAAACUAACGAUAGAAAAGAGAAAUUAGCCACCGGAGUGUACCAACGGUUGUCACUGUCGUUCAAGCUGCAGCGGAACAUCGGGUACUUCGUGUUCCAAACGUACCUACCCAGCAUUCUGAUAGUGAUGCUCUCCUGGGUAUCGUUCUGGAUAAAUCAUGAAGCGACCUCAGCCAGAGUGGCGCUUGGCAUCACAACGGUGCUGACGAUGACCACCAUCAGCACGGGGGUGCGCAGUUCGCUGCCCCGGAUCAGCUACGUCAAGGCCAUCGACAUCUAUCUGGUGAUGUGCUUCGUGUUUGUGUUUGCUGCCCUGCUGGAGUACGCCGCCGUCAACUACACCUACUGGGGUGCAAGGGCCAAGAAGAAAAGUAAAAAGAACAAGGAAGCAGAGAAAAAACUUUCGCGUAAACAUGACAACAGUGGAUGUUCUUCAGAAGACAUCAUAGAACUGCAAGACGUUCGGAUGAGUCCGAUCGCUUCGCUGCGGAAUAGACAUUACUCAAAUACCACCUCGACGACGGGUGGCGAUGCCGUAGAUUUGGCCAAGUUCCCUCCUAGCUUUCGAAUUGCGCGACCUUACGGUUCCUCGCGGUCUAGUGGGUUACGCUAUCGGGGUAAUCGAGGUCACAAUCGUCCCAAAAUGCUGCACGCAAUCAGACGCGGAGCCUCGGUCAUCAAGGCGUCCAUUCCGAAGAUCAAGGACGUGAACGUGAUCGAUAAGUACUCCCGGGUUAUCUUUCCGGUGAGCUUCGCAGCGUUCAACGCCGGCUACUGGAUUUUCUACGUUCUGGAGUGACCUUCUGUGAACUAACCGGACACGUAAGGUAACGCCAGUAGCAACUUCAAUGGUAGCAGCGGUGAGAACUAGAGCCACCUCCGUCAGUGUGUAGCAAGAGCGUGUGAGCGUGCGUUGUGUGCGACCUCCAUCACCUGGGAAUCACCCCUAGGAUAGUUCGAAACAGUGUAGGGUCCAUCGUAGGAGCAACCUCCACGCAUGUUGAGUUCUCGCGAGCCUCCAGCAGCAGCAUAGGUAGUUAUUUGGCAUCCGGUUAGUUCAAAAUCCGAACACGAAACAGUCGAGCAUGUACACGUUAACAGAUAAAACCGAUAAACCAUAAAACACUCACUAAGAUUAUUAGAAUCGAACAAAAUUUUAAUGAAACAUGGAGAAAACGAAUAAUUGUGACAUGAGCGUGGCCGCGCAACCAGCAUCCGUCAAUAUUAGUAGCAGUUUUAUAAGCAUUAGAUUUACACGAAGAGCAAACAAAUUAUCAGUUGUAGUGUUGAAAUUGAAACAGAAUUUAUAUCGCCGAACGCGAGGCUCAAAGUCAUAGCAGCUCAUUUCUUAUCCGUAAGAAGUAGAUUGUUACCAAGAGGUUGGGGGAAGAAACGACAGCAGAAAACAGAUAAUUUCGAGUGGCGUUAGGAACCACAAAAGCAGAACGAUUUUGUUCCGUUUUGGUGUUGACGAGUUUACUGUAGAGCAACUAGUAAUGGAAACAAUUUUGAUCUAAAAUGGAACCCAGAUUGGGCAAAUCUUCGCCAACAGGUUUAGAGAGAUUUAUGUAUUCCCGUCCCAAUAUUUUUUUGUUUGAUUUAAAAGUGUGAGGUCCAGUGAUAAUCACUAAUUCGUUAACUAGCAACGCUAAUUUUAGCCCUCACGCUGUUUAACGUAUCACGCAAAAUUUUUACUUGUUACCUUGAAGGCCAAACUAAAAAUGUUCAUUUUUGUAACAAAUUUGCUACCCUAAAAGCAAUUGAGUAACAACUCUUACUCUCUUACUGUUGAAAAUACACACUAACCACUCUAUGGAAAUCAAACGGAUUCGAAGUUUCGUAUAUAAUAAAUUAUUUCUUUUUUAUAUUCGUUUCACCCUAAACUUCAUCGUGUCAACCGCAAAAGAGACUUAUUAGGAGCUGUUUGAUAGUAAAAAACUCAUGUCAAUCAAAAAACCCAUAUUCGCUUUUUAAUGAUUUGGCAAUCGUCUCUAGAAAAUUGUAAUGCCUUUUCAUUUAUAAGCGGUAAUCUUGUAGUUCGGUAGACUAUUGAGAGUUAAAAAAUAAAAAAGAGAGUGUUUGAGAUAAUAACCAUGUCGAAAAAUGAAAUUUUACAUAGUUUGUUCUUGGUAUAAGUGGCACUAUAAAGCUACAGAGAUGAAAAUUGACUAUUUUUAUCAGUCUUUAACAACAUCAAAACUAGCAGCACUGUACCGGUUUGACAGAUCGGCAGUUCAGCUGAUUAAAUGUGUUUUUGUUAGAAAAUGAGCAGUGAGAGUGUUGUGAGCUAAACCAACUGUAAAAAUCUGAGCCAAACGAACAAGAAAUGUAACACCACGUUGACGGGUAUUGUAACUUGUACAAGAAAGAACGUGAUUUUUUGUAUACGAUUCGUUUUCAACGCUGAAUAAUGUAUCAGGAAAGAUGCAAAAUUGCAUUAUUUCAGUGCUUCUUAGCCGGGGGUUCAUCUGACUUUUUACGGUUAUCAAAGUAAUGAUCAAAUUCGAUGAAGGUGCAUAAAACUAAACGUUAACAUAACCACCUCCCCUCACAAAUUCGAAAAUUAGUUUUUCUGGGUAAAGCUUCACUUGGAUGCAGUUGAAGUUUCGUCUGUGCUGACAGAACCAGCUUCUAAGGAAGGCGAUGCUCUCACGAAAUGCAAUGAAACCGACAGAAAAGCUAAGUAAAUUCUCAUUGUCUCAUAGAAUUCAUAGGAUGAGUGAAAUACUUAUUCGGCAGAAGCAAACAACAGCUGCAAUGUGAAAGGCUCUAGAAGAAACCUUUGUGAACAAUUCGUUACAAACCAAACGUUGCCAAGAAAGUAGUUACGCAGUAGAAAGUAAUCUCCAUGCGAGCUAAUUCCAUUUGAUGAUCUUGUACAGCAAUUCAAGAUCGCAGGAACGAGAAUAAAAGAAGGUGGAUUGGUAGCUUAAUUAUUCUUGCAUCACGUGACAUCGAUGAUCAAGAGACGCAGUACGAUCAAACGGCGGCUGUUGGCUGAGGAGAGGAUUACUUCAGUGGUGUGGUGUUCGUCGGAGGUGAAAAAAGUAGCAAAAAAAGUUAACCAGCAAGUGCCAUCACUGUGGCAAAAACUGGCAUUCGAAGAAACCAGAAUGCAAUGCUAUAGCGGCAGUAGAUAAGAAGGCAGUCGUGUUCAUGGUGAAUGGUGGCCAGAAAAUGUUUGUAACUAAGAAAAUCCAGUUUUGCCUAGACUCAGGAUGCAGUGAUCAUCUCGCGAAGGAUGAAAGCCUUCUGUGGUCCAUGCGGAAGCUGGAAGAUCCUUCCAUCAUCGAUGGGGCCAAGAAUGCCGUGACACUGGUCGGAAAAUAUGCUGAAGAAGUCAAAGGUAUGUCUAACAAAAGAGUUGAAUUUAUCAUCCAGAACGUAGUACUGCUGCCAUAUCUUUGGGAAAACUUGCUCUCGGUCAAAAAGCUUUCACAAGAUGGUAUUUACUGCUCUGAUGGUCAGGACCAUGCGGAGUUCAAGAUGGACGGUGAACUGAUCGGUGUGGCGUAAUUUGUACUUGCUGACUUUGGAUGUCGUUUCUUUGAGCAAGCCAAUAGCGUAGCUGUGAUAAGUAAGUCGUAUGGGUCAUGCAGGUCAACAAGCACUGAACAACCUUGCGAAACACGAUAUGACCAUCUUUUAUAUUCCAGAGAGGGGCAGGUAACGAAAAGUCGGGAUGCCUGCCACCUUGAGUCGCCAUUGAAGAAUCCUAAGAUGAAGUUUCUGACGAAGAAUUGCAUGAAGGAACAUCGUAAGGAACAAACCCUGAAGGGCUACCUCCGCAACAAUCAAAUGGAGAUUACCUGGAAUCAACGCAAGACGAAGCGAAAGAGAGUGCAGACUCCCGCUGGUGGCCUGCAUUCGAAUACCAACGUCGACAUAGUUGUCGAUGGUUGUGGGGUGUCGUGCCCAUUCACAACCAACUCGACUGGUCUAGAUUCAAUCCCAACCGACACCGAGAGUUAUUCUGCAAAAAUUCUCUGGGAUCACGGCUUCCAUCGCAUGUGCAAGUAAACCGUUGGCAUUACGACCCGUUGAUUAACGGACCGGCGUCAGGGUCCUGGGUGGAGUCACCUCCCCGGACGUUAGUAAUUGAUACAACGGCAGAACUAGAUCGACGGAAAAUAAGCGAUAAAUAAAAAUAUUGUAUCACCCAAAGGCAAACUCUAGAGCAGAGACGACAGGGAUCACUGACUGUCGGUUGUCCGUGAUAAACUGGAAUCUAUGUAGCGGAUGGUGUAGCUUCCAGCGAAGAGAAGCCCUUGCAGUCUGCAUGAGGGAAUAUGUGAAAGGGUCCCUCUAGAAACCUGGUUUCGGUUAUCACGAAAUCUCUGCACCAGAAGACAAGCAGACGUCAAUACGAACCACUUUAGCAGUCACGAAGAGGACUAGUCAUACACCAGAAGUAUGUGCAGAUGGGUUUUUCUGCAUGGUGUACUCCAAGUGACGAUUUUCCUGCUGGACACCGCGGGCAAGGUGCUUGAGAGGAUCAUCCUCAACAGACUGGUGAGGUACACGGAGGGUGUACACGGUCUGGCAAGUUACCAGUUCGGCUUCCGGAAGGGCACGUCCACGCUGGAUGCAAUCUAUUCCGUCAUCAAGACGGCGGAGGUAGCAAUCCAACGCAAGAAAAGGGGAAUACGCUACUGCGCAAUCGUCACGCUCGACGUGAAUAAUGCGUUCAAUAGUGCCUGUUGGGACUCCAUAGCGCUCGCGCUCAGGAGCAUCCAUAUACCGGUGUCGCUGUACAAGAUUCUGGAAAAUUAUUUCCAGAAUCGAGUACUUGUUUACGACACGGAGGAGGGUCAGAUCACAGUGGACCCUGAUGCAGUUUGCCAGUCACAGAAGUCCUUGCAUGGUCUCAAGUAGGCCCCGAAAUAUAAAACUCUUCCACAUAGUUGUGAAAUUGGGUUAGAUUCCCGAUCAGGUCGAGGAUCUUUUCGAGCUGGAAAUUUUCUCGACUCAGAACUGGGGCACGGUGUAUCGUUGUACUUGUCCUACAACAUGCGCAAUGUGCCAAAAACAAUAUCGAUAACGAAUUCUCUCAGCUAAUCUAGUUGAUCGAGACCGCUAUUAGCUCUCCAAGCUAGCGUGCGAUAUUGUUUGUUAACAACCUGACCUCUCCCCCCCCCUUCAAACUUUCAAUUUUGAGCAAACAUCACAGUUACGUAACUGUCUCAAUUCCCCCUUCCCCUUAUGUAACAAUAAGUAAUGCAGACUCAACCCCCCUUCACCACCUUCAUGCUUACGCUCACGCUUACAGAAUCAUAAUAGUCGAGACCAAAGGCGUAUUGGAGCCUCAGCGAUCACCAGCGAUGCUGGAGUGUAUCAUCGAGGAACACUUUCCAUGCCAUGAUCCGAGUCCCAGCCCUCCGGCGUUCCAACAUUCUCAGACACAGACCGCCAUGCCGAAUAUCGAACUUGUGAGCUACAGUAGUCGUGCCGAGGCUGAAGAGGAGGCGAAGGGUUACGAAUGAGGAACUCAUCGUGGUCGACAACUCGUUAAAUGUGAGCAACGCCCCGAGACUGGAUAAAAUCUUAAACCACAAGACGGCCAUAAAAUUGGCCUCGAGGUGUUCCAGGUAGCCAUUCAAAAGUAUCUGGAUGACUGACUCUGACUAACUGGUCCUAUUGCCGAAAGCUUGGAAGCCGCCAGGGAAUCCAUUGGUAUAUAGACCCAUCUGUCUGCUGAACACUGCCGGCAAGGUGCUUGAGAGGAUUAUCCUGAACACAGAGGAUAAUGUGAAGAACACAGAGGGUGUAGACGGUUUGACAAGUAACCAGUUCGGUUUUCGGAAAGCUAGGUCUGCGCUGGAUGCUAUUCUUACCAUCAUCAAGAAGGCGCAGGUGGUAGUUUAGUGCAAGAGAAGGGACAUUCGCUGUUGUGCAAUCUCCACGAUUGACGCGUAGAAUGUGUUCAAUGCGCUAGCUGGGACUCCAAAGCGUUCGCAUUUAGAGGCAUUUAUGUACCAGUGUCGUUGUACAAAAUUUUUUUAAAACAGUUCCGGAAUACUUAACAAAAACUUUACAAUACGGAGGAGAGUCAGAGGUGUGUCCCAAUCACCGGAAAUUCUAUCCUGGACCCGGUGUUGCGAAAUGCCAUACGACAUAACGCUGGAGGUCAACGGCGACACGAUCGGAGAGGUCGAAUUUCGGGCCGCGCACUGCACACGCAAGGUUUGGGACUGGACGCAGUCCAGGAAAUUAGGGUUAGCGCAUCAUAAGUCCUCUGUCUUACGGUUGGGAAUAACCGUAAAUUAAAGCAACAAGCGGUAGUCAGUAUCGGAGACUGCCCUAUCACCUCGAAGCGAUCUUUGAAACUCUUGGGGGUUAUAGUUAACGCCAAGAAUUGUCCAAUUUCGCGAAACGUAGAUGGACGCACCGACUUACUCCGGAGGUAUCCGGAAGGAUCGGGAGGGGCCAUAAAGAUGUGACAAAAAUCCUGUAAGGCCAUGAUUGCUGCAGGCAAUAUUUGCACAGGUUCGGUCAAGCUGGGUCCCCAUGUGUCUCGAAAGCGUGGAUAUGGAGGAGACCACUAAGCACGUCUUCCUCGCAUGCCCUUGCUUUUUGUGUGCGAGGAGCCACAUGAUGGUAGUGAGCGGGCCAGAUACUACUCCGGACACUUAGCACGGAAGAUUUGCGAAUACCUGGAUAUUUGGAGUGUGGUUUGUACACCCUCCUCCCAGGUAGCCCUGGAGCUACAACGUGUGUGGCGGGUCAAUCACCAAAACGCGAGUGGUAGCUAACUGUGAGUUACCAGAGAGUGUAUGAAGUACAAAAAACACUUCCCUACGUUAUACUCUGAAAAACUCUGAAAAUGAUUCUGGAGCGCCCUCUUUGUUUUGGUAUACUCGAGUUACAUAGACUUACUGGUAACGAAACAUAAGAAGCUAUGCCAAAUGAAAUUAUUAUUAAUUACCGUAGGUAAGUUAAUGUAAGCAAACAAGCAAAAAGACGGUAGAAAAAGAUUUGCUUUUUUCCGCACAUUUUGUUUUGUAUGCGUUAAGUAAAACAGCCAAAUCCUUAUCAAAUUUUCAAUGCUGAUGGGGGAAUCCUGAUUACGAACGAAAUUGUUUCCAAUGCAGUCCAUAUGGUUGAAGUAAUUGAACAGUCAAUCACAAAAUCGAGCAAAAAAUGUAAAGUAUUAAUUGUGAUCAAAAAUGAGACAACACAAAUAUAUGAAUAUACAUUACCUACUACUAGAGUGUACAUUACUAGCUAUAAUAUAUCGUUACGAUACUCUCACUAAUGUGGACAUGACGGCGUCGUCGGUCCAGUGAUGAUGGCUGCUGAUUUUAGGCUGACUCCGACUGUGACUGUCAAUAAGUUUCAUGUACAAUUCAGAUACACCAGAGAAAAACAAAUUCAAGCUCUAUCCAACUUAGUAGGGGCCAUAAUGUAGCGAGUGCCUCCUGCCAACGGUAGGCCAGCGUUAUGGUUCAUUCAAUUGCUGGAUACAUUAUUAUAUAUAAUUCAUUGUUGAAGAGUAUCAGAUUAUAAUCCACGAAUUCCACAUAAACGAACAUUUCCCUAGAUUUUCUAGAUUUGAACAUUUCCCUGUUAAAGUUUAAUUACGUUAACACUCUGAUGGUUAGAGUAUUCCAACAUUUGUUUUGUACAAUGGAAGAGAAUCUAAUAGGAAAUUAACAACCAACAAAAAAACUUCAUCACAGUAGAAUUGGCGUUAGGUGUUAAAUUCCACGGUUUUACUGUCUCAUUGUUAAUCAACAUUCAAUUGCUGCCCAAUCGCAGACAAAACCCCAUUAUAUUAAUGAGGCGAAAAGUUUUAUGUUAUGUUCAAAAAAUGUAGUCAGUCGUGUGUUCGCUCAGUCCAUGAAACACGUCACAUCUAUACGGAAUUGCAUUUAGCCGAAGAAAGAAAAAAAAAACACUUUAAAAUGCGAACUUUAAAAUGGAACCAAUUCUCAUCACAAACAAACUACAGUUAAAGUGAAGAAUAAACGAGACACAACAAAUAAUUAUCUACUAAUACCAGCGGAAAAUAAGCAAGUGUUCAACGGAGCAAAAAAUUCGAAGAUAUUAUGGAACAUACCUACCUAAAUAGCCAAAUGAACGUUGUAGUAGUCCUUUAAAAAAAUAGCAAUUAAACGCACCAAAUUCGAAGAGAAUCGAUCAUGCAAACAUGAACUAAUUCGGUUUAGUUCGGUUCAGCUACGGGCAAGUUUUCAGGAUGAGUUGAGGUUGAUGAUGAUACGCAAAAUCGCUAGUGUUGCUUCCGAAAACCUAACUUACGAACCGCUGUGAACGAAACAAAACCAUGUCAACUAAACACUAAAUGCGAUAGGAAGAAUUAAAGCAAACAGAUACAAAAUAAAAACAAGGUAUAUAAAAAAUGAGAAGUAUAGUUUUAAUCGUAUUGUGAAUUACAAUAAAAUGAAAUGAUUGGAUUUUAUGAAA